UUCCCGCGGGCGUAGGUUGGCAACCGCGGCGGAGACUGAGCCGGAUCGUGGGCAUGUCGGAGCGGCGAACGCGGUCCGGAGGGGCCGCCCAGCGGUCGGGAGUCAGGACUCCACUUACUAAGUCUUCUAAGAGGUCCCAGCGGAAAUCUGGCUCAGAUCUCCCAAACAGCUUUCCUGAAAUUUGGCCGAAGACACCUCAUGCGGCUCCGGUCAGAAAGCCCAUCGUCUUGAAGAAGAUCGUGGCUCACGCGUUAGAGGUCCCAUCUGUUCACACGCUUCGAAGGAGUCCUAGGAUCUCUUUUAUCUUGGAAAAAGAAAACAGCCCUCCUCUCAAGGUCCCUACUAAGGAGGACCUCUUCAAGACUUGCAGUGUUCCUGGUACCCCCACCAGCACCCCAGUGCUGUAUGCUCAGAAUGUUGACUCUAACUCCGGGGAGGGAGAGCUGGACACCAGAGACUUGGAAAUGUCCCAGAAAGUCAGACGGUCAUACAGUCGGCUGGAGAGCCUCAGUUCUGCCUCAACCUCUACUCCUGGUCGCCGGUCCUUCUUUGGCUUUGAAGGACCUGAAGACGUGCCUGGAGUCUCACCUGUUGUGUGUUCAAAGUUAACUGAAGUCCCAAAAGUACCUGUGAAGCCCUGGGUUCCAGACACAACCCUUCCUGGUAUCUCUCCUCCAGCUGUGAAAGAGAAGCGAAAGAAGAAGGUGCCAGAGAUUCUGAAAUCAGAGCUGGAUGAGUGGGCUAUGGCCAUGAAUGCUGAGUUUGAAGCUGCUGAACAGUUUGAUCUUCUGAUUGAAUGAGAUAGAGUGGGGGUACCCCCACCAGGCUCUCACCUCUCUCUCUCCUUGUGCAUAUUGCCCUUGAGUAGAAUAGGACUUGUAAGGUUCUCUUUAUUGGCCUUGUUAUCCAGAAAGGUGUUUCUGGCCCCUUGUCAUAUUGUGACUAGUUACCCUGGGCAGUCUACCUUCACAGUGUUGGAGAUGAGAAGCCACUUCUGCUCUGAGCCCGCACUGUCAGAAACAGGUUCGGCUGUGGGCUGUCUCUGGUGGUGCCCUCUGGUGGUGGCUUACAGUCUGGCCACCAACCAGUAAAGGCGUUCUAUAGAGUCUGAUAGGGAACUCACAGGCUGGG